CUUGAAUAAAACAACAACAAAAAGCAUACAAGUGAAAGAAGGCACAAAAUACUGGUUUACAGAAAAAAAGAUAAAGAAAAAGAAAGAAAGAAAGCAAAGCGAAAAAAGAGAGAAAAAGUUGCUGCACGAGAAAUUUUGUACGUGUAUCGUCUCCCCAUUUCUAUCCCUGCAUGUGUGAGUUUGUCUAAAUUAAAGUGAAAAGCAAUGCUGCAAGGAAUAACCAAAACCGCAAGUUUACAAUAAAUAUAUAACCGUAAACGAGAUUAAAAAGGAGAACAUAACAAAAUAUUAAACAUCUCAAGGCAACCACCAUGGAACCCAACAGACAUCACGAAUAUCAGACACAUCAUCAGCCGCAUCCGUCGAUGCAGCACCACCCAACGCAUUCGCAUCCGCAUCACCAGCAACCGCACCACCAGCAGCCGCACCACCCGCAGCAACCGAUCCACCACCAUCACCCGCCGCCACCGCCUCCUCAGCAGCAACAGCAGCAGCAGCAACAACAACAACCACCACCACCGCAGCAGAUCCACCAGCAGCAGCAUCCGCAGCAUCACUACCAGCAGCAGCUGCAUCACCAUCCGACGAGCUCCACAUCGGUGGGUAGUUCCUCCUCCGGCAGCUAUGGCAAUCACCACCCCCAGCAUCACCCAACCUCGUUGGCCGAGGAUCCUGGGCGAUCCCGGACAGCGAUGUAUAUGAGCAGGAGCAGCCAACCCGGCUUGCCACCACCCCAUCCCCAUCCUCCGGCCCAGGGAACGGGGGCCACUGGUCCCAGCGGAGGUGAUCCCCACAUGCAAUACUACACCUCGAACCAAAGUUUGACGGUGAAGAAAAUGCCCGAACCGCAUCCCAGUUGGAGCUACAAAAGCCAAGCUGUACCUGCUCCAGCUCCGGCGCCUGGAUUGCGACAGCAUGGCAAUCCCGGUCUUUAUGCAACGGGCAGCACAGCCUACUGGCCGCCACCCGAUGAGCAGCUGCAUCACCAGCAGCAGCCAUCCCGAUAUUCCUAUGGGAAACCAGGAGGCCAAGUCACGGGCUCGAGAUCUAUUCAAGGACCACCCCUGCCAAACAGCCAGCGUUACUACAGCGAGGACAUCAAGUACUCCACGGUACCGGCCGCAUCCAAGGUGCUAACCUACGCACCGCCAGCCAGCAGCUCCGCGCAGCCACAGCCACCGCCACCCACCGCCAGUUCGUCAUCCAACUCGUCAUCCGUCCGCCACUAUGAGCUCGAACAUGUGGUUAAUCCUAGUAAUCCCAGCAACGAGCACCAGCAACCGAGUCCGAAUUAUGGUCGGAAGUGCCCGCCGCACUAUGAAACUCCGCCGGAGCAGAGGAGUGCCGGGGCCACGCCCUCUUCGACGGGCACGCCCACAUCGUCAUCAUCAUUAUCAUCAUCAUCAUCAUCACACCACCAGAGCCUGUACAUACCGAUGCCGACAUUUAGUACGGAAAAGUUUCAAACUACCGUGCAUAAUGCGAUCGAGAAGUACGUGAGGGAAACGCCGGGACCCAGUUUGGAAUAUCCCCGCGGUGGAGGCGGAUCAGCAGUGGGAGCAGGCAGUGGAGCUGCCUAUGGCCGCACUGGCUACUACCAACAGCAGCCGGUGAAGAGUUCCAAGAGUUCUGCGCCACCUGCUCCACCAACUGCCACCGCUAGUUAUGUGAAAAUGGAACCAGAGCAUGCGCUUACCGGAAGUUUGCCGCAACCCACGCGAUCCUCGCUCUAUCACAAUCCCUACAAUGUGGAGAGCAGAGAAAGGGAUUCCUCGCCAGCAAUGGCCACGGUGCCGGCGCCACAUGGUUAUCCAACGAAAUAUGGAAAGCUGAUACAGCAACAGCAUGCUGGCGGCGUGGGAAGUGGUAGCUCUGUGCCGUAUUCAAGUUACUAUCACCAGGGAACACCUUCGCCGGCAGCGGGGGCGGUGGCCUCGCCCACGCCGGCACCAGCACCACCGCCUGCCGGAGCGCCAGGAACGAAUCUGGGUCCCGGUAUACCUUCUCCACACAGCAGCCAGUCUGCUCCUCCGCCACUCAACAGUCAGCAGCCCGCCUCAUCCUCAUCCUCAGCCUCUAGCAAUGCCAACUACUCCACGCUGCAGGUUUAUCCGCACGGACCAGAUAUCUGCUACCAGCCCGGUGGACAAUCCCUGCCGCCAAACCAAACCCAGAGUCAUCAAAAUCCGGCCAAGAAAGCACCAGCUGUUACUAAACCGAACUAUCGGGCCUUAAUCAACGAUAUGUUGAAGAGGAAUACGGCCAGUGAGCAGGAACUGAAUCUGCAGAUCAUCAAGAAGACUCUCAAUAUGGAACCGCCUGCCAGAAAUCAUCCUGCACCCAGUCGAGUCAUCCAACAGGGUGCCACUCCACCCGCUCCCCUUGCCGUUUCAACUGCUCCACAUCCGCCGCCACCGCCAGCGAUUCACUCGCCAUUGGAUUUAUCCAUGCGUACGGUCAAGCAGACAGCGGAUUCCACGGAGUACAAGUACCAGAGGCCCAGCACGGACUACAAGCUGCCGCAGGCGGGUUUGGGCGGAGGCUUGGGAUUGCCUAGGUUCGACAUCACGCCCAACUUUACGGCGGCCACCAGGAGCGGAGCAGCCACGAGUCCGGCGCCAACAGCUGUGAUACGACAGGCGCCGGCCAUUUCGGUUGCCCCACUCCCAACCACGGUCCAAGUUCCUCCGGCGGCGGCUGCCCCGACGUUGGUGAUCAAAACCCUGCAACAGAUGCGUCCCAGUGUGCUGGAAACGAAUCCGUUUGCCAAGCGGCAGCAGCAACUGCCGCCAGAGACGAGUAUUGUCCAGGUGAACAAGCCACCGGUGGAACUGAUGCCCACGCCGUCGCCCAGUCCCCACAACAGCAGUAAUCCCAACUAUUUGGGCAGAAAGCGGCACCUGCAGGAGUACAAUCAAGCCGCUGCCAAGCAGGCAAGAUUGGAUGCGGAAUCCAAUCAAUCAGGAUCUCUAGUCGCAGGAGCACCCCUAAUUGCCGCUCCUACAUCAGUGGUUGUAGUGGCUCCAGUGCCCGUAAUCGCUGUCAAUGAGCAGGCGCUGGCCGCCAAGCGGGAAAGGGAAUCGCAACCCAUGGGCCUGCCAGAAUCAUCCACUUCCGCCAGUCCCAUAGCCAAGGUGGAGCCGCGCAUUCGGACCAAAGCAGAGCUUAAGGGUUUCACAUUUACACCACCUGUGCAGGUGACCUCCACCACCACCAAUGCGCCAAGUACAAUUUCGCCACCCAGGACACCGCCUAACCAGAUUACCAAUCACAUACAAAUCAAGUUGGAGCCAGCGCCACCGAAAGCGGCCGAUUUGGGUCUAGAAGAUGAAGUGAGCUUGGGCAACCUGAUGGACUGGGGCAGUACGUGCAAUAAUCUUGUCGAGCAAUUACUUAGCAAGGUUGUGGUGUUGCCACCCUCUUUGCCAACCGCCUCCACUACUACUACUACUACUACUAUUAAACUGGAGCUGAGUGAAGAUGAUCUGCCAGUGGCUCGCAUUCUCAAGAGGCAACCGUUGGCAGUCGUUACGCCAGGAGGUGGAGAUGCCGAAUCGGCCACCACCCAAUUGACCACAACCACCAACGGCAUCUCGUCGUCUUUGGGCAAUGGCAGUGGCCAAAAGAAACUGAGCAAAAUGGAGAGGGAGAAGAAGCGUCUGCAGCAGGAGCAACGAAUCGCCGCCCGUUUGGCGCCCAAACAGGGACAAACUAGCUCAUCGGAGAGCGAUACCACGGAGCUCCAUAAGCGUAAUACCGAAAGGCAAAAGAAGCCACUUAUGCGGAAGGGAAGAACCAGGCCAAGAUCCCCGGAAGCAGCGAGCAUUCAGCAGAGCAGCGAUGAGGAGCAGGAGAAGGGGAAUCAGCGUCUUAGCCGCAGUCAAACCUCCAGUGAGGAGAGUAAAACGAAAGCCACCACAACCAAAAAGGAUGCUAAAAAGGAGGUUAAGACUCCCACUAACAACAAGGCCAACAAUAGCACCUCACCAAGCAAAACCAACAAGAAACAAUUUGAUGCUUCCAGCCAAAACAAAUCCAAAGUUGAGGAGAAUCUAAAGCAAGAAAGCCACGAGAGCAGCUCCUCCGAAAGUCACGAAGAAGACGACGACGAAGAGGAAGAGGAGCAGGAGGAGGAGGAGGAAGAGGAGGAGGAAGAAGAAGAACCCGAAGAGGAUGACGAAGAGGAGCAGGAGCAGAAGCACGAAAAGCAGGACAAACAGAAGCGUGUAGGCAGACGUCCAGGUAGCACCCUAAAAAAACGCAUUGCCCACAAGCUGAACACCAUGACCCGCUCCAAACAUCGCAAGGAACUCGAACUGCAGUUGGCCAAUAGUAAGGUGCUACGCAAUGACAAGAUCAUUCGCAAUUCCACCACCAAAAUCAAGAGGAAGUACGUCCGCAAAGUGGUGGACAGCAAAAAGGAGAUGAUGGUCACGCGUUUGCGAAACAAACGUGGCUUAAACUCGGACUUGGGACCACUGAAUGGUAGAAACUGCAAACUGAAGGGCAACAAAGUGGGCCAAAGUCCGGGAAAACCAGCAAAGACUUCGCCCCAGCAGCAAUUGUACCUCGAGGAGUAUCGCUAUAAGUUGGCCUUGAAAAUCCCCCACCGUCUGAUCUCGAUCAAUAAGCUCAAUAAAGUGGCCGCCUCAUUGCCGGACUUGGAGCGGCGUGAUCUCGGCCAGGAGUUGGCCUGUUUCAAGCGAAACAGACCCAAGACCAAGGCAGCCAGUAAGCAGGAUUCCACACCGAAAUCCAUAAUCGAUGUACUCCACUUGAGGGUAACCAAUGGCAGUGCCCACCCGAGUGCUCAAAGGAAGAUCUCCGUAUCGGCUCCCGCUUCCACCAACCUGCAGAUCCACAGUGAAACGUCGCAAACCUCCGCCUCGACUUCACUGUACGAGCAACCGCAGCAGCAGGAAUCCACUGAAAACCAAUCGCUCGAUGAUCUCAGCAAGCGGCACUUUAGCAUCUUCGAUACCAAAGUGUUGCAGAGCAAAACCCGUACGGAAACCAAAUUGCAGAAGCACCGUGAGAUCAUCCGUGAGAUAUUCGUUGGUCCGGAGCGUCCGGCUUCGGCUCCGCCGGAAUGCGCCCAAGAGGCAGAGGCUGGCGAUGCCAUCAGUUACCAGAAGUACGAGGAGUUCCUGCAGCAAAUGAACAGCAUUGUCAGUGCCAAUGGCAACAAGCUGGCCAGAAGAUCUCUGAUGGAGGACAAGUCCGUGGCAGUGCCUCAGUGUCCGCACAAGAGGAAGUACCUUCGUCGUAAAGGCAGUUCGGGCUUUGAUUAUAUACGCAAGAAAAAGAGACCAACUCCAACUCAGAAUCAGAAUCAGCAUCAGAACACGAAUCACAGCCAAAAUCAUAAUCAAAGUCAAUCGAAUGCCAGUCAAUUGACACAACAUCUAUUGGAUCACAAUCAGAGUGCGGCGGAUGAGCGAUUGGAUGAUACGGACAGCACCAUAGCUGGUAGCUCUCACCUACCUGCGAAAGUCAAAACGGAGAUGGAUGUUUGCCGGGAGAUCCAGAAGUGGGUGCUCAACAAGGGAGUGGGUCAGAGUACCAUGCACAAGGCUGCUCGUCAGGGAUUGAUCGAUGUGGUGGUCUACUGCUUGGAUCAUCUGAAUAUGAAUCCGGAUCAGAAGGACAAUGCCGGCUAUACGCCCCUCCAUGAGGCCUGCACUCAGGGAUGGUUGGAGAUUGCCAGGAUUUUGCUGCAAUUCGGAGCCAAUCACUCGGAGGCUGCCCAAUCCGGAAUCCGGCCCUUGCAUGGUGCCAUCGAAAACGAUCACGAGGAGGUGGUGCGUCUGUUGCUCUCCUAUGGCGCCGAUCCGUUGCUGGCAACGUACUCAGGUCAAACCCCGCUAAUGUUAGCUUCAAGCGAGUUGAUGCGUGGCAUUCUGAGCGCUCAUCUCAUCGAUGCACAAAGUGCCGCCGCUGACAUCAAGCCAAUGCGGUUCCAUGGGCCUUGGGAGAUAUUUGAUGCUAAGGAGUAUGGUUAUGAUAUAUUCAGUAAUGUACCGAAUACAUCUUGUGAUAUGAGCAGAGCUCUACGUAGAGAAAGGAAGGAGGCCAAGCAGCAGAGGAUGAGCAGCGGCAACAGGAACAGCAACAGCAACAGCACCAUGAUUCCAAAUUCCAACGGUAAUGGCUUGUUGUUGGCAACCAAGAAGGAGGAGCAGGAGCCCGAGGAUUUGGAGCAAGAGCGGGUGAAAGUGAUCAAGCAGAACGGGGAGACGAGUGCAACGAAGACUGGACCAACAACUACGACAACAACGGCAACAACGAUGGUCAAAUUGGAACCAGGAACCGAUGAGGAUAGCAAUAACAAUAAGAACAACGACGAGCUAAAUGCAAAUGUUGAAAAUAAUUUAGUAACAAGCGUUGUGAAUGUCAAGAAUGAAGUGAAAAAGGAAAUGGAUGCUGAAUUAGAAGCGGAAACGGAAGCUGAAGCAGAAGCGAAUAGGAAUAGUAGGAGUAGGAGUAGGCUAGACGACGAUCAGACGGACAUCGAGACAAUGGAUAGUGAAUUGAAUGGUGAUAUUUUUGAAUUUGAAGAGGCCGAUGUGCCCUUGCCACCACUGUACUUGCUCAAAGACGAGGGCAGUGAUAAAUGGGUACUACUCAACGACUUGUGCAAUUUACUUAAAGUUAAAUCAAAGGAUACGCUGCUCAACAAGCUCUGUCCGAACAACAGCAACGCAUUGGCCAGCAGUCAGAAGCACCUGCUCCGGGAGUUCAAAAUCGACGAUUUCCUGGAGAAGGCCACCUGCCUGCAGCUGUUGUGCGCGGGUGAAAAGCUGAACAUGUUCAGCUCCUCGAAGGUUGUACUUAUCAAAUACAACGACAGUGUGCGGAACUUGUUGGGCGUCAAGACCAUUUUAAUGAAAUUUUAACCGAGAUAUACAUAGCGAUAGGACGAGGCAUGAUCCAGAAUGAAAUAACUUAGAAAAUGAUGAACAGAUGAACCUAGCACUAACUGAAAUUAAGGUGUAAAGUGCAAACAAAUAUUGAAAAACUAUUAGUACGAAUAUAAUAAUAGAUUUAUAUAUUAUAUACAUAUGUAUAUUUUAGCUAGUAGCUAGUUUUUACUCACACGUCUUUGUCUUUGGAAGAUAAAGUCUUUUUUAAAGGAAAUUAAAUUAGAGCUAAUGCAAAGUGAUACAAAGGUGCUAUACACACUCAAAACGAAGAAAAACGAAAACGGAAACGGAAAAAGAAUGGAAAUUUUAAAGUGAGAAUAUUGUGAAAAUCUGGAAUCUUUAGAGAUUGGCUGCAAUAAUGCAAUUCAAAUGUAGAACAAACGGAAGCGAGGCAAUGAGAGUAAUGGAAACGAACAGAAAAUGUAUGCCAGCCAAGCAGCUAAUAAAUUGAUAUAUACUUACAGAUAUAUCUAGGGAUAAAGUGUAAUCUAUGGUUUUUAAAAAAUGCAAAACAAAUUAGCUAAAGUAUAAACUAUAUAAUAAUUAUUGUAAUAAUAUUAAAGCAGCAACAAAGGCGUAUUUAUGUAUUAUGUAUUUUUAAAUGAAAUUAUUAACAUAAUAUAUAAAAUAUAUGUAUACACAAUAUGAUCCAACUAUAAUGUAAAUCAAUUUUCAGAUAGGUUUGUAAUUUUCUAUGUAAUGUACGUGUGUAAGUUUUGUGCAACUAUAAAAGGAAACCACAAAAAAAAACAAAAGAAAUUUAACAAAA